UAUACCGUAUAUAACGUGGUUGCUUACUCUACAGUAGCUAAAACUAUGCGUAUAAUUUUACAACCUAACGACUGAAUAUCACAUGGUUCGUAAACAUCUACGCGACUCUCGUCAAGCGUUACACAAAAAAUAUGCAUCAGAACGAUCAGAUUAUUACUGCGUGCAUUUUCCUCGUAUUGCUAAUUGUACAAGUGAUUUCAGCCACUGGGCCUCACAUCAGCUGCUACUGGGGUUAUUAUGUGUUGCAGUGUACCGAAGGAAACUACAGCAUCCCAAACAAUUUCCUCGUUCACAAGAUGCCGCUUGAAACCCGUCAGCUGGAGCUGGGAAGGCCAUCGUUAGAGGGCGCGCUGCAUUACAGCAUUAUUGAGGAUUCUGCUGAUCCCCUGCCGUCUAAUUUAACUAGACUAAUGCGACUGGAUCUGCACAGCUUUGCUGGUGCCAAUGGAGCUCGUUUGCCAGUGGAAAAGUUUUUGGCUAACGUCAAGGGGACGUUGUGGGAAUUACGUAUUCAAUACUGCCGCAUUGUGUCCCUCGGUGCCGAUUUCCUUCGAGGAUUCAAAAAACUGGAAAUUCUCUAUUUAGUUCAAAAUGACAUUAGUGUUAUCGAAGCGACCGCUUUCGAAACCGGGUUCACUCCCCUUAUCGGAUGGAUUCACCUAACGGGGAAUCAGAUCGCCCAUCUGGACUGGACGGUGUUUGCACCAGUUGCCAAAUCUUUAAAAAAUCUGUACUUAGAUGAUCAGUUUGGGGAUAUCAGUGGUCGGAUGUUCGCUCAUAAUGUAUCAGUGGGAAUGCAGACAGUAACCUUAAGCCAACGCUUUACAUUUUCGCACUUAAAGUUCCUGGAUUUAUCGAGAAACGCUCUAAACUUCUUGUCACGUGACAUUCUGGACACGUUGAACACCGGCUACUACGCGCAGUUUUUAUUCGACGACAACGCUUUUUGUCCCAUUGACCCGACACAUUCGUGUUCCUGCUGCGAAGCCCGGACCUUCGUGCAGUGGAUGUAUGAAGUCAGCACCAGACCAGUUUUGCAGAUCAGUUUUUCGUGUGGCGGGGAUGUUCCUAGUAAGUGGGAAGCGGGCAACAUAUACGGCGUCGUGACUUCACUGCCACCACUAAACCAGUACGAAUCCUGUACCAAUGCCACAAUGGAGAACAUUGUCCAGUAGAAGCAGAUAUCCAGUUCUCAAGGUGGCGCACAGAGACACCUUUCUUUUUAUACAUAGUUACUGAACCAUGUGGCGUAGCAGUUUUGAAGUUAUUUUGGCAAAGUCUGGACUCUGAUUGUGACCGCUGAAGCAAUACAUUUGGCCGAACGGUCUAAACACGCUGCAUGUGAUUGUGCACAUUAUUCUUCUUUCGGUACUGAAUGUGAUUAGCCUGCAUUUUACUAACAUUUUAUUUAAUCUCUAAGAAUUACAACGGUGGUCUGGAAUACCAUGAUUUAAUUGGUAGUAUAUCUUCCACAUUUCGUGGGC